UACUUUUGUGGUGGUAACUCAAAUCCAUUGUUCAUGUUGUGAUCUUACUAUAAAUGGCAUAAAUUAAAGUGAAACCCAGUACGGUGAGCAUAAGGUGAAUUUGUAAAUCAUUCAAAUGUGAUUUUAUUAGUGGCACGAAAGCGUUUUUAAAUUUGUAAAUGAAGAAAUUAACUGUUCAUUUGCAUGUGCAGACAAUCGAAGUGUUCAAAUAACAUGGCAUCGGAGCAGCAUCAUAAUUCAAGUAUGGAGGAUCGCCUGUUUCUGGUUAAAGAUUGGAUCAACAAGUGCAUCAACGUGGAUGCGCUGUUUACCUGUGCUAUCUGCCACGGAUCGUUCGACGAUCAUCCGACCCAUUGUCCACAAUGUUCAAAGCUGUACUGCGGGGAAUGCUUCGAUCAGUGGUUGACGAGUCGCUUUGCUAAGCGAUCUCUCUGCUGCCAGAAACAUUUGGAGCCAAAAAAGUUUGUCUGUUGCCGCGUUUACCAAGAUGUUGACGAAAUGAUCGAAGGAUUGAGAGAUAACGUUGCAGAAUUGAUUCGGUUGGUCAGUAAAAUCGUUACGAUAUGCGCGGAACAUGGAAAAGAAUUGCUAUUAUUUUGUGGAUUAUGCAAACAGUGUAUGUGUAUUAAAUGUGUCUUCAGUGAUCGUCACCGGGACCAUAAUGGAGAAAUAUUAGAUCUGGACGAUGCACGUGAAAUGUGUGGAACGGAGCAAGAUAAUUUGUUACUCAUCGGCUAUUCAAAUAACAUGACCUCAGAACAGCAUAGUUCAAGUAUAGAGGAGCGUCUGUGUCUAGCUAAAGAAUGGUUUAAUAAGCGCAGCAACGUGGAGCAGCUGUUCAUCUGUGCUAUCUGCCAUGGCGUGAUAGCCGUUGAUCACCCGAUCCACUGUCCGCACUGUUCGAAGCUGUUCUGCGGGAAAUGCAUGGAUCAGUGGUUAACCAGUCGCUCGAUCGGGGCGAAGACGAAGCGGUGUCCCUGCUGCCAGGCACAGGUGGAGCCCAAAAAUUUUGUUCGUUGUCGUAUUUACCAAGACGUUGACGAAAUGAUUGAAGGAUUGAAAGAUAACCUCGUAGAAUUGAUCCAUUUAGUCACCAAAACUGCUGCGAUUUGUGUGGAACAUGGGAAAGAAUUGCUGUUAUUUUGCGAAUCGUGUAAAGGGUGUCUGUGCAUUAAAUGCCUCUGCAGUGAUCCGCACCGGAGCCAUAACGAGAAAAUACUUGAUCUGGACAAUGCCCGUGAAACGUUUAGAGCGAGAAUCGAAAAAAAGGAUUUGUUUCUGACCGGUAGAUUGAAGGCUUUACAGAAAGCGGGUGAACAGAUUGAAACUAAUGAAUGCGAUAUGAUGGAUGCUAAUGAGCACAUUGUGGAAGAAAUUAAUUAUGCCACAGAACGGAUCGUCGAUAAACUACGAGAAGAAAUGCACGAACGAUUCCGACAGCAUGUAGAACCGGUCAAAAUCGUCACGAAACAGCAACGAAGCGAAGUAGAGGGUGUGAUACAAAAGGUGUCUGAAUUAGCCAAUGAAGUUACCAGCCCCGAAGUUGUGAUGGAAACGUUUCAGGUGGCUGAUAUUAUUAAAAAAAUGAACAAAGAACCAUUGCCUGUGCUGAAACUACCAGCGACCAAUUUUAUCGAUCCGAUAACGCCCCCGAUGAUUGAACUGAAAUUUUUCCUGCGCAACUUUUCGAAAGAAAUUACACUCAACAGGAAGAUUUUUUCGGAGAAGAAAUCUAUCGAAGGAUACUCAGUGCAGUUGAUGGGCAACCAGGAACAGGAUGAUAAUGGAAACGAUGUAAUCAAGCUAUCGCUGUUGGUGGUUGAUGGGUACGAUGUACACGAUGUAAAGGUAACCUGUUAUCCAGUGAAAGGGGCUUCGGUAGAACCGUUGGCCAGACGUAUGGAUCUGAAGUUGGGCGAGAACAAUACGGUCCUGGAGUUCGGUAACUUCCAGGCAAUGAAAGGAUUUUUGGAUAAAACUAACGAUAAGUUAUACCUUCUCAUGAAAUUUCGCCUUUGGGCCACAUACUACGACAAGUGCGUCCACAAGGAUUGGUACAUUGCAAAACUAACGGGUGCAAGGAAGAGACAUGCUGGUAAAGCGAUCGCUGGACGAUAGCAAGAUAGAUGAGUUUACAGUACGAAUGAGUUUUUUAUGUGUGUUUUAUAAUUAUGUAAAGAAUUUAUUUAUUUGAUCUAUAAGUACAAUUGACCAGCUGAAUAUAUUAAUGAUAUGGUA